AUGAACAUCCCCUCCUCAACUGUCCUGGCGGGUUCGACUUGGACUGCGAAUGCUAGUGCGAUAACUGUCCUCAUUGACCUCGCUUGGCAAAGCAGCCCACCUCCUCACUAUGUCAUCGAUCGACUGUCGUUCCAAUUGCUCUACCAUAUCGACCUCAUAAUCAUCUCUGCCUUUGCACUCAUUUUCCUCUUCCGUUUCCCUCGUCUCCUCGCUCGUUUUUGGUCUAUAUCGGAAAUAUUCGGAGGACUCUUUCUACACCACCAGUCUCUUCGAACACGUCGUCGUGUACAAUUCAACGGUGAAUGGGGACCCAAUCACAGAGACUUAUCCACCGACAAUUCUCACAAUCGAGGAUACGUACCCCGAAGUGCACGCAGAGUCAGUGAGAAAGGAUCUUCAGUAGCGCCUUCCUAUCCGACUCAUGUCCGACCAUACCCCGUCUUCCUACGCCAUGUAGCGCAGCGGCUGAGGAGGCGGAUCACUCCUGGUAUAUCGGUUGGGAAUUUGAUAACCAUGGUGUUAUACUUCUCGGUGCUGCUCUACCCAGGAUUUUAUAGAGCCAAUCCUUUCGAGGCAUUUGACCGAUAUGGGUGGAUUUCGAUAUCACAGUAUCCUUUUGCCUUGGCCAUGACGGGAAAGAAUAAUGUGUUGGGAGCUCUGUUAGGAAUGGGAUACGAAAAGCUGAACUUCAUGCAUCGGCUCAUCGGAAGAAUAGUGGUUCUCUCAGCCAAUAUACAUGCUUUGGGAUACCUGUAUCAGUGGACGAUGUUGGGAAUAAUCAAGACAUCAGUCAAGACGAGAAUGGCUUUUUGGGGUAUAAUUGCUCUCAUCUGCCUAGAUUGUCUCUACUUCUUCUCAACCUCGUUCUGGAGGAAUAAGGCGUAUAGAGUUUUUCUGUCAACGCACGUUCUUAGCAUGGUCAUUCUCAUACCAUCCACUAUCCUACACAAAUUCGGAACUGCCCCUUAUGUUUAUGCGACUCUUGGUCUUUUGUUGUUCGACCACUUUUUCCGCCUUCUUCGCUCACGCUGGACAACUGCUAUCAUCCGGCCCCUCCCUGAACUUGGUAUAACUCACAUUGCAAUACCCAAAGUCAACGCAGGCUGGCGAGCAGGUCAACAUGUUCGUCUUCGUGUGUUAUCGAGUGGAAUGGGCUUGCUUGGAUGGACGGAAGUUCAUCCCUUUACGAUUGCCAGUAUACCGAACGGAGCAGAAGGAGUGGUUUUGAUGUGUAAAAAGGCUGGCGACUGGACUGAGCGGUUGUAUGACCUUGCGAAGAGUGGCGGGUACCAUAAAGGACGUGGUGGUGGUGAUCACGACCCAAUGAAAGUGAAAGUUUGGGUGGAGGGUCCUUAUGGUGGAACGGGACAUAUGAUGUUCGCUAGUUUUUCUGCUGCGGUGUUCAUUGUUGGAGGGAGUGGGAUCACCUUUGGGCUGUCUAUGGCUCAAGAUCUUAUAAGGAAGGAUUUGGAAGGGCAUAGUCGGGUCAAAGUUAUUGAGCUGAUAUGGUGUGUUCAGGACCCUGCUUCCCUUGUACCGUUACUUCCGAUAUUCACCUCCAUGAUCCAACAAUCGGUGUUCACACCGUUGCGAAUAUCAAUAUUUUAUACUCGCGCUCCUACAGGCCAAUUCCCGUUCUCUGAAGAAUUCUUUCGCUCGACUACCCUUACCCUUUCGCCAGGGCGACCGAAGAUAUCGAAGAUCAUAGAGGGAGCGAUAUCGAAGACGGUUUCGCUGGGAUCAGAAGAGUUCAAAGAGCGGGGUAGGAUAAGCGGGCUUGGGAUCGGGGUUUGUGGGCCUGAGGAGAUGGUAGAAGGGGUGUUUGAGGAGGUUGAGAAGGUUGAUCCGACACGCAGAGAUCAGGUUGGGGGAAUUGAGAUUCAUGAAGAGACUUUUGGAUGGUAG